AUGAACGUGUUAGAGAUCGAUCCCGUCCACCUGAAGGAGGGCAGAGACCAGGCGUUUGAGAAAUGUCUGGAAGACAGACAUGCACUGGCUCGGGCCUUGAGAGCCGCGCGUACCAGGCAGGCUCUUGAGGAAAGUGCAACCUAUUUGAAGUGGAAUACAAUCCUUCGACCUGAUACUUUGGACCUUGCUUGCCCCCGUGUGGUGGCUUCGUAUCUCAUUCGAACUAAUCGGGAUGAUGAAUGCCAUGACUUUCUACGGCAGUAUACGCUUGCCAUUUGCAGAAGCAAAGGAUGGCUCAGUGACGAAGAAAUGACCAACGAGAGAAGUAGCGAUUCGUGGAACGACACUGAUUUGCUGCACAGCCCGUUCGUGCCAACUACCGUGCUCCUAUUCGCAACCCUUAUCAAAUUGCGGAUGCUCAGAGAACUGCAAAUGUUCGAUGAAUUCGACGGCGCGGUGUCAGAUUCGAUUGGCCACAGACUUCCUCUCGAGCUACUGGAGCUUGUACGGUCGCAUCUGCAUGACAAUCCGAUUUUAGCGAACACGCGUACCUCACGACGGAGCAACUACAAAGACGGAAUCUACCAUGUCAAAGCUCAAAUCGACAGGCUAUGGUGGGAGGUCCGACAACGGUGUAAAUACAUCUGGCCAUACCUGGUUGACCAUCGCGUGAUGCUGCGGCCCGAAUGUUGUCGACAUAAUCAUCGGAUGGGGCAUACUGGGUGCACCUUUUGUAAUCUCCAGGAUAUUGCCAGGUUUAAUAUCGAGGACGCAUGGAAGCAAUCGCCCGGUGCCCUUGCUUACAUUGCUGAAAUGGCUUUCAAGCACGAUGCGGCAUGUUUGGUUAGUGACGACGAUUUUAUUGAUCUUCGAGCAACUUUCUGA